AUGGCUUCAAUAGGGUUGUAUGAAGCAUUUAUAGCUUUCUUCUGUCUUUUCACAUUCUAUUUCUUCUUUCACACGAAACCCUUUUGUUGCUUACUCAUCCAAAAAACCCAUAAAAGCUACCCUUGGAACUGGCCUGUUCUCGGUAUGCUUCCUGGUGUGCUCUUGAGGCUCCAUCACAUCUAUGACUACAGCGUUGAAGUUCUCGAGUGCUCCAACCUGACUUUUCAAUUCAAGGGCCCGUGGUUCGCUGGAAUGGAUACAUUGGUGACAGUUGAUUCAGCUAAUAUCCAUUACAUGUUGACCUCAAACUUCUCAAACUACAUCAAAGGUCCUGAGUUCCAUGAAAUUUUUGAAGUUUUUGGAGAUGGUAUUGUCAACUCGGACUCGGAUUUAUGGAGGAAUUUAAGGAAGUUAUCUCAGGCUACAUUCAACCAUCAAGGGUUCCAAAACUUCUCAACAUUUACCACGAGAAGUAAACUCACAGACGGGCUUGUACCUCUUCUCAAUCAUUUUGCAGAGGAGGAGAUGGUUGUGGACUUGCAAGAUGUGUUCCAGAGAUUCAUGUUCGAUACAACCUACAUUUUUCUAACUGGGUCCGAUCCUAGAAGUCUCUCCAUUGAAAUGCCAGAGGCUGAGUUUGCCAAAGCGUUUGACGAUAUUGGAGAAGCGGUUGUGUAUAGGCAUAUUGCACCGAGAUUCUUGUGGAAUCUUCAAAAAUGGAUUGGAAUCGGAACAGAGAAGAAUAUGAUGGAAGCUAACGCCACUCUUGAUCGUGUUUGUACAAAAUUUAUAUCAUCCAAGAGAGAAGAGAUCAGAUCACAAGGGAUUACUCGUUCCCAAGGAGAUUGUAAAGAUCUUUUGACAUACCACAUAAAACUUGAUACAAACAAGUACGAGCUCUUGAAUCCAGAAGAUGAUAAGUUCCUCAGAGACUACGCAGUAGGUAUCAUGGCAGCUGGGAGAGAUUCCACGGCCGCUACACUCACUUGGUUCUUUUGGAUUCUGUCUGAAAACCCUAAUGUUCUAACCAAGAUUCUCCAAGAGAUGAACACAAAUCUACCAAAAAAGGGAAAUGGCCAAGACAAGUCAUCGUACAUGAACAAGCUGGUGUAUUUACAUGCCGCAUUGAGUGAAUCACUGAGGCUCUACCCACCAAUUCCAUUUGAACGCAAGUCUCCAAUCAAACCGGAUGUGCUUCCAAGUGGACAUAAAGUCAAAUCAAAUACCAAUAUUAUGAUCUUUAUUUACGCCUUGGGGAGAAUGAAAGCCAUAUGGGGGGAAGACGCGAUAGAUUUCAAGCCAGAGAGAUGGAUUUCAGAGACAGGAGAGUUGAAACAUGAGCCUUCUUUCAAGUUUCUAUCGUUCAUGGCCGGCCCAAGAACAUGUCUAGGUAAGAACUUGGCUAUGAAUCUGAUGAAGACAGUGAUCGUGGAGAUAUUACAAAACUAUGAGAUUAGGGUCAUCAGUGGACAAAAGAUUGAGCCAAAACCUGGUCUUAUUCUCCAGAUGAAGCAUGGGCUUAAAGCCACAAUUGCUAAGAAAUGUUCAAGCUUAGAUUGA